AUGACCGGAUUCGUAGCAGUGCACACAGGUGCGGGAAAUUUCCUCGAUGAGACGCUGUACGAACAUGUAUGCCGAGAGGCCUGCAAUCAAGCGAUUAACGUGCUGUACGCUGGCGGAACCGCGUUAGACGCAUGUGAGCGUGCGAUCGUUAUACUGGAAAACUCGACCGCCACGAAUGCGGGUAUUGGCUCGAACCUAAACUGGGACCGACAGGUUGAGUGCGACGCAUGCAUCAUGGACGGUGCGUCGCUUCAGUUCGGAGCCUGCACAAAUGUAUCGGACGUCAAAAACCCAAUCAGUCUGGCACGGCAUCUUUGCGAGAGACAAUCAAAACUACUCAGCUUCGGACGGAUACCACCGAUGGUUUUGGUGGGCCAGGGUGCGUCGGCGUAUGCGCGAGAGAUAGGACUGCAGAUAGUGCCUGCGGAACAUAUGAUCUCGGCCAAUGCGGCUAAAAAGUACGACCACUACCGAUCACAAAUCAUGCAGUACGAGGAAAUCAAUCGAGCGAAACUGUCUCCGCUGGAUACGGUAGGAGCUGUGUGCGUCGAUGCCGAAGGUUCGAUUGUGGCCGGUUGUAGUUCGGGAGGGCUUAUGCUCAAGCUGAGCGGGCGUGUGGGUCAGGCAGCAACGUACGGAGCCGGCUGUUGGGCAUUGAUGGACGAAAAUACGAGCAUGUCGGCCGCUUCUUGCACGACCGGUAACGGGGAAUAUCUUAUGAAGACACUGUUCGCCAAGGAGCUGGUGGAUGAUCUGAUAGGAUGCAAUUGUCCCAUCACUUCACAACACCUGACAUACAAGAAGAAGCUGCUUGAAUCACCAUUCCUUUCCAAGCAGAAGGCAAUACACGCAGGUUCGCUAUCGAUCAUCUACAACACUGCCAGUGGCGAUGGCGAUCUACUCUGGGCACAUACGACCAACUCCAUGUGCAUCGGAUUCAUGUCAACGAAGCAGAAAAAGCCGAAGUUUGUACUGUCGAAACUUCCACAGAAUCUCACUUGUGGGACAAAACCAGUCAUCAAUGGGCACCAUUUCAAGCUGAUCUAA